CGGUCACGACGCACAUUGCGCUUCCUGGACUGGAGGGAACAUAAAGUCAAAAUGGGUCACACAAGUUUGGAGAAGAUAAUUGCACUGCAGAAGAAAACAUCACACAUCAGGAAUCUGUGUAUUCUUGCUCAUGUAGAUCAUGGUAAGACGACAUUAGCAGACUGCCUGGUGGCGAGUAAUGGCAUUAUAUCCAGUCGUUUAGCAGGAAAGCUGAGGUAUCUGGACAGCAGGGAGGAUGAGCAGAUCAGAGGAAUCACUAUGAAGUCCAGCGCUAUUUCAUUACAUUACACAACAGGAGGAAACGAGUACCUCAUUAAUCUGAUCGACUCUCCCGGACAUGUGGACUUCUCCUCUGAGGUGUCCACAGCUGUCAGACUCUGUGAUGGGGCCAUAGUUGUUGUUGAUGCUGUUGAGGGAGUGUGUCCGCAGACACAAGUUGUUCUACGACAGGCUUGGCUGGAGAAUAUCCGUCCUGUUCUUGUCAUCAACAAAAUCGACCGGCUGAUCGUGGAGCUGAAAUUCACUUCACAGGAGGCGUACACUCACCUGCAGAAAAUACUAGAGCAGGUGAAUGCAGUUACUGGCUCGUUAUUCACCUCUAAAGUCCUGGAGGAACGAGCGGAAAAGGAUGCAGAAUCUCAGAGCAGCUAUACGGAAAACGGCAGCGGAGAUCAGGUGUACGACUGGAGCGCAGGUUUAGAAGAAACCGAUGACUCUGACCUUUACUUCAGUCCUGACCGUGGAAAUGUGGUGUUUGCCAGUGCCAUAGAUGGCUGGGGCUUCAGCAUUCAUCAGUUUGCUGAGAUGUACAGUCAGAAAAUGGGCAUCCGCUCUUCGGUUCUGCUCAAGACCCUCUGGGGCGAUUUCUACCUCAACGCCAAAGCCAAAAAAAUCAUGAAGGGAGCUCAGUCCAAAGGAAAGAAACCUUUGUUUGUGCAGCUUGUCCUGGAUAAUAUCUGGAGUAUGUAUGACGCUGUGGUCACUAGAAGGGACAAAGAAAAGGUGGAGAAGAUGGUGACCUCUCUGGGGUUAAAGGUCAUGUCUCGUGACCUGAGACACUCGGACCCCAAAGUGCUCCUCAGUGCCAUCUGUAGUCAGUGGCUUCCUGUGUCUCAAGCCGUGCUCUCAAUGGUGUGUGAAAAGCUGCCCAGCCCAGCUGAGAUCUCGGCUGAGAGAGUGGAAAAGCUGAUGAGCGUGGGAGCGCGCAGGUUCGACUCUCUGCCCGAGAAAACGCAGGAGCUAAAAAAGGCAUUUCUAGAUUGUUCGGCUGAUGAGACGGCGCCGGUAAUCGUCUUUGUGUCAAAGAUGUUUGCUGUGGACUCCAAAGCUCUGCCACAGAACAAACAAAGGCCAUUGACUCAUGAGGAGAUCGCCCAGAGAAGGGAAACAGCCAGGCAGCGGCACGCAGAGAGACAAGCUGCCAGUCAGAGCGCAGAAAGCCCCGGGUCAGCUGAUGCUGGAGGGUCUUCAACCCCAGCGGCUCCGGCCAGCGGCGGUGUCACAGAUGCUCUAUGCGCACAGACAGAGGCUCUUUCGGUCAAAACUACAGUCGAGGAGGAAAACAAAGAGCAUUUUGUGGCCUUCGCGCGAGUCUACAGUGGCGUCGUCAGAAAAGGCCAGAAGGUGUUUGUGCUCGGACCCAAAUACGACCCGUCACUGGCGCUCAGAGCGCUGCCUGAGGGUUGUUCAGUAGCUGAUGCUUUACCCAGCAUCGCUCACAUGGCCUGCUGCACCGUGGACAACCUCUACCUGCUGAUGGGCCGCGAGCUGGAGGAACUGAAUGAGGUCCCCUCAGGAAAUGUUCUCGGUAUUGGUGGAAUGGAAGAAUUCAUUCUCAAAUCGGCCACCAUCUCAACAUCUCCGGCCUGCCCACCCUUCACGCCACUCAACUUUGAAGCCACGCCCAUCGUCAGAGUAGCAGUCGAGCCCAAACAUCCCAGUGAGAUGCCAAAGCUGGUGCGUGGGAUGAAGUUACUGAACCAGGCCGACCCGUGUGCCGAAGUGUUGAUUCAGGAGACUGGAGAGCAUGUUCUGGUCACUGCAGGGGAAGUGCAUCUUCAGCGCUGCCUGGAUGACUUGAGAGAGAGGUUUGCUAAAAUUGAAAUCAGUUCAUCCGAACCGAUCAUCCCGUUCCGUGAGACAGUGAUCCGGCCUCCCAAAGUUGACAUGGUGAACGAAGACCUGGGAAAGCAGCAGAAGGUGGCAGUGAUUCACCAGGUCAAGGAGGAACAAACGAAGUAUCCCGAAGGCGUCCAGGUGGAUUCCACCGGUCUGGUCACGCUCACCACCCCUAACAAGAUGGCCACAGUCGGGGUGCGGGCUAUUCCUCUUCCUGAGGAAGUCACCCGCCUUCUGGAGGACAAUGUGGAGCUCAUCCGCACAAUGGAGCAGUUCAGCCUUUUCGCCUGGGAGGGCAAGACUCUGGACAUCAACCAGAAAAUCCUGGAGAACAUCCAGGAUUUCAAGGUGAAGUUGGAGAGCAACCUGCAAGGCCGCAAAUGGAGGGGAGCCGUGGAGCGUAUCUGGGCAUUUGGCCCGCGCCGCUGUGGGCCAAAUAUUCUCCUCAACCGCGUCGAGGACUACCGGAGACCCUCCGUGUGGCAGUGUCUGGAACGAGAGAAGGAAACCGAAAGGGCCGAGAUCAGAGACUUUGACAACAGCAUCGCGAGUGGCUUCCAGCUGGCCACGCUUUCUGGUCCCUUGUGUGAGGAGCCUUUGAUGGGGGUUUGCUUCUCUGUAGAGACCUGGGACAUGAAGCUUUCUGUACCUCUAGCUCAGCAAGACUCAAUCGAUGAGGGUUCCCAACCUGCAGAGCCAAAUAAUGACAAUCAAAGCGAGAGUUCUGACGUUCAUGAGACGAACGGCUCAUCGGCAAGCUCUAAUCGAAGCAGGACCAGAGCGGAGGCCACUGGGAGUUCGGUGGACUGUUAUGGGCCGUUCUCAGGACAGCUCAUCGCUGCAAUGAAGGAGGCCUGCAGAUACGCCUUCCAAGCUAAACCUCAGCGGCUGAUGGCGGCCAUGUAUACGUGCGAAAUCAUGGCCACUGCCGAGGUUCUGGGUCGUGUGUAUGCCGUUCUCUCCAAGCGGGAAGGCCGAGUCCUGCAAGAGGAGAUGAAGGAAGGGACGGACAUGUUCAUCAUUAAGGCUGUACUUCCUGUUGCCGAGAGCUUCGGAUUCGCUGACGAGAUCAGGAAGAGGACGAGCGGCUUGGCCAGUCCACAGCUAGUGUUCAGCCACUGGGAGGUGAUCAGCAGUGAUCCAUUCUGGGUUCCCACCACUGAAGAGGAGUACUUACACUUUGGAGAAAAAGCAGACUCGUUCAAUCAAGCUCUGAAGUACAUGAACGCCGUUCGCAGACGCAAAGGCCUCUACGUAGAGGAGAAGAUCGUAGAACAUGCAGAAAAACAGCGAACCCUCGGCAAGAACAAAUAAAGAUCCUCACACAUGGAAGACGAGCAGAAUGAAUUUCAGGAAACCCAUUCGUAUGUCAAAUGUUGCAUCGGAUUCAAUGGGUUUGCAGUUGUUUAAUUUAUUUAAUAGUUGUGCUCAUGUUUUAUGAAAGAGCUUCAUUAACUUAUUGGUGUCACACAACUACUUCUUCAUUUGACUUUAUAGUAUCAGUCUCUAAUAAACAGCCGAUUGGCUGAAACGUAGCGGAAAGUGAUUCAGUCAUUAUCUUCAGUGCUUUUGUGGUUUUGUUCAUGGAUCUCAUGAUUUUCUAUUGCAAAUUGGUUGAGAAACCAAUGUUGAAAAUGUUAAUGGAUUCAGUGACUGAACCUCAUUUACUAAUAUCAGUUAAAUCUGCUGAGAUACUUCAACUACAACUGAGCAUCAAGUCUUUAUUCUACACUGCACUCAUCUGUUGUAAAAAUGUGCUGUGCUAUUAAGCAAUUAAGCAAUUGCAGUGCACUCUGAAACCAAAUGUUAUACAUAUUACAGCAAUUGAAGUCAAUUACACAGUUUGAGAUGUUUUUGGACUAGACUGAAUUGUGCUUUUCCCUUCACAUGUUCCUAGACAAAGGUUCCUUCCUUAGAUAUUUAGGACAGGAUUAAACCCUACAAUUAAAGGGACGUGCUUUGAAAUCGUGGCGUAUCUCCUUAUGUGUUUGGGAUGUUGUGCUGGGGUCUGGCGUUGCAUAAUUUAAGAGUCCUCUUGAAAUACAGUUUCAAUUAGUUUGAAGUGAAGUGGCCCUGAAAUGAAUUCCUCCGUCGCUCCCUUUUGGUUUACAAACGUUUAAACCAUUGAUUUAAUUUGUGUGGAACACAGCUUUAAUGGCACUGGGAGAAGGAUUUGAAUUUUUUAAUAAGAAAGAGCAAAUAUCAUACGAGGAGCUCCCAGAAUAUCGCAGUCUGCAGAAUACUACACACGUGUGAAAUCACUACCAAGAUUUAGGAAAUAAACCUGACUGAACACACAAGCUGUUGCCUCUGAUUUGCAGAAUUUAUGCUUCAUUUGCAGCUUUAUGUUUGUUUGUUCUGGUUGAAUGUGAUCAAUUUGUGCCAAUGCAUUUUAACCACAUUAUUGU